AUGACUGUUGCUAGAGAUGUAUUGAAGUUAUAUAAGGAGGAGAAGGUGACAUUGAAAAAUAUUUUGAGCCGUGAAAGGAUAUCGAUUACUACCGAUACUUGGACUUCCAUUCAAAAUUUGAAUUACAUGGUCAUCACUGCUCAUUGGAUUGAUAAUUCUUGGGAGUAUCAGAAAAGAAUUAUCAAUUUAUGCCAAGUGGUAGAUCAUAAAGGGGAAACCAUUGACAAUGAGAUCGAGUUAUGUCUUUUAGAUUGGGGCAUUUUUAAGUUGUUUACCAUUACGGUAGACAAUGCUUCUUCUAGUGAUGUUGCCAUUAGAUACCGGAGGCAACAAUUCAAGGAGAAAGAGAAGGGCCUAAUUUUGGAUGGAAAGUUUUUACAUAUGAGGUGUUGCACUCAUAUAGUGAACCUAAUUGUCACUGAAGGGUUGAAGGAAAAACAUGGGUCAAUUGUAGCAAUUAGAAAUGCUGUGAGGAUGCAACUAGAUGCUAAUUAUAUGAAAUAUUUUGAUAAGGUUGACAAAGAUGGAAAACCAAAGGAGGGGCCCCCCACAGUUGUUGAUUGGGAUAAUGCUCUAGUGUUUUUUGAGGAGCUGUAUGACUUAGCAGUUGACGAUGAUGAGAAUGAGUUAUUGAGGACAAUGGCAAUGAGCAUGAAACUAAAGUAUGACAAAUACAAGCUUGACUAUCUCAGUCAUUGCUUUAGUGCUACUUAUGAUGAGAUGACGUGGAAAGAGAUGGUGAAAUGGGUAGAGAAGACAAUACAGGCAAUGAUUGAUCAAUAUAAUGAGACAACAUCAAGUCUUCAUCCAUCGACAUCUAUGACUCAGCUACAUUCAACCUCUAUUGUUAGUGCUUCAUCCACAUUCGGCAUGCCUGUUAGUGGUCGACCUAGUGCCAACAAGAAGUCACGAAAUUUGCAUGAUGAGUUUGUGGCACGGAGAUUGGAGAAGGAUAAUGGAAUGACAAAAAAUGAGUUCAAUAAAUAUUUGGAAGAGGAACCUGAGCGACCAAGUGAUAAUUUUAAUGUUUUGGGAUGA